AUGAAAUGGUUAUGGUUUGUUGCAAUUUUGGAAUGCAUUUUCAUUUAUCAAAAAAUUUCGUCAUAUCCAUCAUUUGCUAUCGAUUAUCGAAAUGAUACAUUUCUGCUAAAUGGUAAACCAUUUAGAUAUAUUUCGGGUAGCAUUCAUUAUUUUCGCAUACAUCCUUAUUAUUGGGCUGAUCGAUUGCGCCGAAUUCGAGCUGCUGGCUUGAAUGCUAUACAAUUAUAUAUUCCAUGGAAUUUUCAUGAAGUUUACAAUGGAAGAUAUAUUUUCAAUGGACAACGAAAUAUAACACAUUUUAUUGAACUUGCUGCGUCUAAUCAGUUAUAUGUUCUUGCAAGGAUUGGUCCAUAUAUUUGUGCUGAAUGGGAAAAUGGUGGAUUACCGUGGUGGCUUGCUCAUAAAUACAGAGAUAUUAAUCAAAGAACUUCCGACAAACGAUUUCUACGAGAAGUAGAACUUUGGUUUAGCGUACUCUUACCCAUAUUGAAUAAUCAACUGCUUAAAAAUGGUGGCCCGAUACUGAUGAUACAGGUGGAAAAUGAAUAUGGCAGUCAUAAAUCAUGCGAUAAAGUAUAUAUGGAACGACUGAGUGAUAUGGUUCGACAUCAUCUUGGAUGGGAUGUCCUCCAAUAUACCACUGAUGGAUCAGGUGAAGCGUACCUGAAAUGUGGCACAACAUCCGGUGCUUAUCCAACAAUUGAUUUCGGUCCAACAAGUCGACAAAACGUUGAUGCACAAUUUGCAACACAACGACGUUAUGCACCACAUGGACCAUUGGUAAAUUCGGAAUUUUAUCCUGGAUGGCUUGUUUUUUGGGGUCAAAGGAAUCAAAAAUUACCGUCAAUAGCAGAAAUGAUUGAUACGGCUAAUUACAUGUAUCAUCUUGGCGCAAAUAUUAAUUUUUACAUGUUCCAUGGUGGCACUAAUUUUGGUUACUGGAAUGGUGCAGAAACUGUUGCACCGGUAAUAACAUCAUACGAUUACACUGCUCCGUUAACUGAAGCAGGUGAUUUAACACCGAAAUAUAUGGCGAUACGAAAUUGGUUAGCCAGUAAAUCGGAUUGGCCACAUAAACCAGGCGAUAUACCGCGUGAUAAUUUGAAAAUUGGCUACGGUAGCGUGAAGUUGAAAAAGAUCUUACCGUUGGGAGAAUAUUUUUGGGAAUUAAUCGGAGAAAGUCGAGAUUGUCAAAUAACAAAAUAUCCACUUUCAUUUGAACAACUUGAACAUCCAUUUGGCUUUGUGAUAUACUAUGCGACAUUGAAAUUUAGCGGAACAAAUCUUGUAAUACCGGUAAUAAAAGAUCGUGGCUAUGUGAUAAUUGAUAAUGAAUUACAGGGAAUAUUGGUGAAUAAAUUUGGAAGCUAUCAGAAGCAUUGGGUGGAUUUACGAAAUGCGAAAGAAGGUGCAAAAAUUGGAAUAUUAGUGGAAAAUCAAGGGCGUCAAACAAUUCCAACAAUCAUUGAUUUCAAAGGUAUAUUAGCGAAUGUAACACUUGAUGGACGAAUAAUCGAUGAUUGGAAACAAUGCGGUCUACACUCUAAAUUAAUUAUUUCAAUAGCUCGACGGAUUCGAAAACAAAGCUAUUUUAGUGAAAACAGAGAUGGAAUAGGUUUAUAUACGGGUCAAUUCUAUGCAAAUCAUCUUGCUGAUACUUUCUUCAAUCCAACUGAAUGGGGUAAAGGACAAAUAUUCAUUAACGGCCAUAAUAUUGGUCGAUAUUGGCCAAGUGUUGGACCUCAGAUAACUCUUUACGUGCCAAAACCAUAUUUGAGACAUUACAAUACGAUUGUUAUGUUGGAAUUGGAACAAUCCGGGAACUGCCAAAAGCAAUUCUGUACAAUAAGUUUUAUCGAUCAUCCAAUAUUCAAUUUUACUGAGCAUCGAAUUAUUCAUGCAUAA